AUGGAGGAGGAAAGAAGCCGCUCACGCAGCCCUGAUGCCAACGACUCAGGGAAAAACCUUUACGUCACAAAUAUCAGCUACAGCACCCGUGAAAGUGACCUAGAAGAGGCUUUUUCCAAGUUCGGAAAGAUCACCCAAUGUAAAAUUGUGAAAGAUCAAAAAACCAAUAAGUCUCGUGGUUUUGGAUUUGUUUCCUUUGAAAGCAUAGAUAACGCCGAAGAAGCUAUAAAAGAAAUGAAUAAUAAAACAGUCGAUGGCCGCGAACUGAGAGUCGAAAAGGCCAAAAGAUCAAGCGGCCAUAAAUCGACACCAGGUAAGUAUGCCAGUAACGGCCCAAGAAGAAGUCCUUACAGAGACAGAGACAGCGAGAGAUACCGUGACAGAGACAGAACUAACUAUAGAGACAGAAACUCUUAUAGAGACAGAGAAAGAGAUAAUUAUAGAGAAAACCACAGAGAUAACUAUAGAGAAAGCUAUAGAGACCGCGAAAGGGACAACUAUCGUGAUAAAGACGAGUACAGAAGAGAAAACCCAAGAAGAAGCCCAAAGUCAGAUGAAAGGUCCUCACCACAUAGAUAUCGUUAA